ACCCAAGGCACCGCCGAGCGGCCCCGUCCCGAGCCCCGCGCGCUCGGGCGGCCCACGGCACACCCGUGGGCGCCUCGGUCCCCGCCAAGCGCGACCUCGGGCGGCGAGAACGGCGGCACCUCACAAUGCGCUGGAAGCGGCGCCUCGCGCUCGGGCCCUUCCUCAGUCGUCGGGCCCGCGUCCGCGUCGUGCCCUCCGGCGUCCUCGCUCGAGGAACGGCCCGCGGCCCGGAGCCUCCCGCACCGCUCCCACCAGACCCCCGACCCUCGCCGCGGAAGCGCGGCGGCCCCGGGGCGGAAAUUGCCGGACCGCCGGCCGCCUCACGAACUACAGUUCCCGUGAGGCUGCGCGGGGCCGGGCGGCCUCGGCGCAGGCGCGCGCACGGCGUGCGUGGCGGCGUCAGCAGUUCUAGAACGUUGCUGUGGUAGCGCUCGGGCGCCAUGUUAGGACGAAGGGGAAGGAGGAGAAGCGCUUAAAGCGGCGGGAGCGGUGCGGGAGUGGGGUUGGACCCAGGGCUGAGGCAGGCCCCCCCCCUCCCUCCCGCCUCAGUGGAUCAUGCCCAGGGCGGCAGCGGCGGCGGUUGCGGGGGGGAAGUGACUGGGCGGUGCCGGCGCAGGAGACGAUGCCGUUGUAAGUGAUUUGUAUUCUGUUUUCUCUAGCACGCCGGCGGGGCCUUGGGGGCGUCGGGGGGGGAGGGGGAGGGGGAGGGGGUGGCGCGAGAGCCGGGCCCUCGGCCCGGGGAGGGGGGCGGGAGGCAGGCGGGAACGGGGCUCUUCCUGUUUCCUCACCCGCUCGCCGCCGCACUUCCCCUAGCGCUCGGUUCCCGCUUCCCCCCACCCCUUCCUGGCUCCGCGGCCGUCGGGCCGGGGGGCCUUCCCCUUCCGGGACGGCCGGGGGAACCCGGACCUUACUGCGCCCGCUUCUCCGCCCGGUCCGAAAAAAGGAAAAGAGAAAACAAAACAAAACAAAACAAAAAAGCCAAUGCCUGGCGGCGGGGAAGGAAGGCCCUGCUGGUCGCGGGGUCGGCACACGGGGUUCAGUCCAGUUACAACGCAGGGAUCACAACAAACACAGCCGCCACAGAAGCACUAUGGCAUUACCUCUCCUAUCAGCUUAGCAGCCCCCAAGGAGACUGACUGCCUCCUUACACAGAAACUCAUCGAGACUCUGAAGCCCUUUGGGGUGUUUGAAGAGGAAGAGGAACUGCAGCGCAGGAUUUUAAUUUUGGGAAAAUUAAAUAACCUGGUAAAAGAGUGGAUACGAGAAAUCAGUGAAAGCAAGAAUCUUCCACAAUCUGUAAUUGAAAAUGUUGGAGGAAAAAUUUUUACAUUUGGAUCUUACAGAUUAGGAGUACAUACAAAAGGUGCCGAUAUUGAUGCGUUGUGUGUUGCACCAAGACAUGUUGAUCGAAGUGACUUUUUCACCUCAUUCUAUGAUAAGUUGAAAUUACAGGAAGAAGUAAAAGAUUUAAGAGCUGUUGAAGAGGCAUUUGUACCAGUUAUCAAACUGUGUUUUGAUGGGAUAGAGAUUGAUAUUUUGUUUGCAAGAUUAGCACUGCAGACUAUUCCGGAAGACUUGGACUUACGAGACGACAGUCUGCUUAAGAAUUUAGACAUAAGAUGCAUAAGAAGUCUUAACGGUUGCAGGGUAACCGAUGAAAUUUUACAUCUAGUACCAAACAUUGACAACUUCAGGUUAACUCUGAGAGCUAUCAAACUGUGGGCCAAACGCCACAACAUCUAUUCCAAUAUAUUAGGUUUCCUCGGUGGUGUUUCCUGGGCUAUGCUAGUAGCAAGAACUUGCCAGCUUUAUCCAAAUGCAAUAGCGUCAACUCUUGUACAUAAAUUUUUCUUGGUAUUUUCUAAAUGGGAAUGGCCAAAUCCAGUGCUAUUGAAACAGCCUGAAGAAUGCAAUCUUAAUUUGCCUGUAUGGGACCCAAGGGUAAACCCCAGUGAUAGGUACCAUCUUAUGCCUAUAAUUACACCAGCAUACCCACAACAGAACUCCACGUACAAUGUGUCCGUUUCAACACGGAUGGUCAUGGUUGAGGAGUUUAAACAAGGUCUUGCUAUCACAGAUGAAAUUUUGCUGAGUAAGGCAGAGUGGUCCAAACUUUUUGAAGCUCCAAACUUCUUUCAAAAGUACAAGCAUUAUAUUGUACUUCUAGCAAGUGCGCCAACAGAAAAACAGCGCCUAGAAUGGGUGGGCUUGGUGGAAUCAAAAAUCCGAAUCCUGGUUGGAAGUUUGGAGAAGAAUGAAUUUAUUACACUGGCUCAUGUGAAUCCCCAGUCAUUUCCAGCACCCAAAGAAAAUCCUGACAAGGAAGAAUUUCGCACGAUGUGGGUGAUUGGGUUAGUGUUUAAAAAAACAGAAAACUCUGAAAAUCUCAGUGUUGAUCUCACCUAUGAUAUUCAGUCUUUCACAGAUACAGUUUAUAGGCAAGCAAUAAACAGCAAGAUGUUUGAGGUGGACAUGAAAAUUGCUGCAAUGCAUGUAAAAAGAAAGCAACUCCAUCAACUACUACCUAAUCAUGUUCUUCAGAAAAAGAAAAAGCAUUCGACGGAAGGUGUCAGAUUGACACCUCUCAAUGACAGCAGCCUCGACUUGUCUAUGGACAGUGACAACAGCAUGUCUGUGCCUUCACCUACUAGUGCUAUGAAGACCAGUCCAUUGAACAGUUCUGGCAGCUCUCAGGGCAGAAACAGUCCUGCUCCAGCUGUAACAGCAGCAUCUGUGACCAACAUACAGGCUACUGAAGUUUCUGUGCCACAAGUAAAUUCCAGUGAAAGCUCAGGGGGUACAUCGAGUGAAAGCAUUCCUCAAACUGCCACACAGCCAGCCAUUUCACCACCACCAAAGCCUACGGUCUCCAGAGUUGUUUCCUCAACACGUCUGGUAAACCCACCACCUAGACCUUCAGGAAAUGCAGCAACAAAAAUACCUAAUCCUAUAGUAGGAGUCAAGAGGACAUCCUCACCUCAUAAAGAAGAGAGCCCCAAGAAAACCAAAACAGAAGAGGAUGAAACAAGCGAAGAUGCUAACUGUCUUGCUUUGAGUGGACAUGAUAAAACAGAAACAAAGGAACAACUUGAUACAGAGACAAGUACAACUCAAUCAGAAACUAUUCAGACAGCGGCUUCUCUGUUGGCCUCUCAGAAAACAUCCAGUACAGACCUUUCUGAUAUCCCUGCUCUCCCUGCAAAUCCUAUUCCUGUUAUCAAGAAUUCAAUAAAACUGAGAUUGAAUCGGUAAAAACAACCUCAGGGGUCCAUAAACAAUAUCUGCCAACUCAACCUGUUGUCUUCAAAUGCUAAAAAAGGAGAAUGGAGGGUACAAGACUAGACAUGACUGAAAAUGGAUUUAGGUUUUUUUUGUGGCCUCCCUUACUGGGCUAAUCAGCACUUGAUCGGAAGAGUCCAGGUUAGUAUGUGAAGCCAGGAGUACUGUUAUUAUUGUGUUAGCAACAGUUGCAUUAACGAUUUCAAAAAAUUAAAAAAAUUACUGCCUUUAAAACAAAGAAAAAAAAAACACCUCAAGCUAUAUUUGUAUCCAUAAUUGACAUCUGGAUCGGGUUUAUGUUUGAUGCAUUGUUUGGAAAAUUUGCAAUACAAACUGGCAUAAGAAUUCCUUGUUCGAUGAUGCACUUUUAUGUAAUUUUUUUAUUAGAAAGGAGAACUAAUUUUAGAUUUUCGGCUUGAUGGAUUUUCGUUUUUUUCCUGAAAACUUUCCUUUACCAUCAGUCUGCAAACUGGAUACUGUCGUGCAGCGGUAUCCUGUUCUACUUGAGGGAAAGGGUAAGAGUACAUCUCGUUCAGUCCCUGUGCGGGAGCGCGAACCCUUACAAAUGAAAUGUCAAUCCUAGGGUAUAUAUUUGACAUGGAGAGAAUAAUUAGGAAAUAGUUGGUUUUGAUGGGGUCAUGAUUAAGAAAUGAUAUAUUGGUUUUAUUUAUAGAAUUGUUCAGAGUGCAUACAAAUCAGCGAUCAGCCAGCGACUGUGUUUCUUUGAGCUUGUUAAAGCUCCACGUUUCUUUUGCCUUCAACCUGUUUGUCUUUGAAACAAAGCUUUUUGCUCCCCGCCCCUUUUCUUUUCCCUUUCUGCUUGUACGCAGUAAGGUAGAACUUGAUUUCAUAAAAAACAAAAUGCCAGUAUUUUCUUAAGCCAUGAUGUGAAACCAAUGAUCCUGUGGCCACAUGGCACAGAACACUAAAUUUUGGUCCCGUGGCUGAGACUUGAGGGUGACUAGAAGUCACGCCCGUGGACUGUGACGACCUGUCUCGGAAGGCCAUUUGAUCUCUGAGUAUGCGGAAUUUUGUACACUCCACGGAACUCUUCUCUGUAGUGAAGUUGAUUUUCAAUUUUAGACAUGUGGGCAAAAAGGCAUUUUCUCCAAGAAUUUUAAACUAAUUUUUAUUUUUAAAUGGUUGACCGAAAUUUGUCAGUAAAUUUUACAUGUAGAAACAUUUUAAAAAUCAUUUCUAGCAAGCACUUGGCAUCUAGUCAGCCCUCUACUCCUUUUUCAUUUUGUCUCAUCCGAUCAGUAGAUUAGGAACUCCUUUCUUUAAAGAAAAUAAAUCCUCAUAAUUAAGCAGCAGAAUAUCCGUCUUCACGAAGUACGAGGGAUGCCAGAUGUUGAUAAACUUAGUUACACUUUUCUUAAUCUGGACAAAGCAAACCUAACAGAUUUUUCUGAUGAGCAUGUUUUAUGAAUCUUCCAUUGUGCUCCAUUCUAUCACAUGUGCAUUUUUCAUGUUAAACUGCAGUUACUUAAACUCUUCCCCUAUCCUUCCAAAUUAAUUUUCCAAAGUUGGAGUGUAGUCUUUCCCCUUAGGCUAUGCAUUAAUGGAGGCUUUCUUUUCACCGUACCUUAUAACGUCUAGUAGACCGUGUUUCCGCUUCCCACAUCUUCGCUCCGCACAGUCACCUUGCCCUUCCUCCCGCCACCUAAGGAAAAAAAAAAAAAAAAAAAAAGAUGGUCAUGCUAACAGGUGAAGUGUACAAGGUGUCUGUGUGUUUUGUGUAGCUUCAGAGUUAGACUGAAAUUGCCAGGCACAGAUUUAGUCUUGUCAUUUUGUUUACACAUCGGGGGAAAACAAUUCAGUUUAUUAAACGUUUCAUGUAACUGCACCCAAGUUUUGCCAAGCUGGAAACUUGGACCUUUUCUGUGUAGUGACUUUUUAAUUCUAGUUUUCAUAACCUGGAGAUCAGACUGUUGCUUUCGCAUGAUGUAUGUAGUGUCUCAUGACUGGAGUUUGCUUUGUUUUAUAGUAUCUGUACUCCUUGUAUUUUU